AUGUUUAUAUUGUUGUGAGCUUGAGAGCGCGAAAAUGGAGUUUUCUAAGCCUUACCAGACGUACGUUCCUUUACCUUUUGAAUCUGGUGACAGACACAAGGAUUAUGAGGCUGUUUUAUCUCUGGUUCCGAUUCACAUUGUCACCAAUGCAUCUCAGCUCCCAAAAGAGUUUCUUUUCCCCUCUGCUAAAACCCAUUUGAUUAUUGGAUUCGAUAGCGAAGGCAUUCAACUCUGCCAAUAUGGAACACUUUGCAUCAUGCAGCUUGCUCUUUCGGAUGCUAUAUAUUUGGUUGAUGUUAUUCAAGGUGGGGAGAAACUGAUGCAAGCCUGCAAGCCUGCUCUUGAGUCCAGUUUCGUCACGAAAGUUAUCCAUGAUUGCAAACGAGAUAGUGAGGCACUGUAUUUUCAGUUCGGUAUAAAGCUCCAUAAUGUGGUGGAUACUCAGAUUGCAUAUUCUCUGAUCGAGGAGCAAAACGGACGACGAAAAUCAUCAGAUGACCCCAUUUCCUUCAUUCGUCUCCUUGCUGAUCCACAGUAUUGCGGUAUAUCGUACGUCGAGAAGAAUGAAGUUCGUGCACUUUUAAAGAAGGACCCCAAGGUUUGGACAUACAGGCCCUUGUCAGAAAUGAUGAUCCAAACAGCUGUGGAUGAUGUUCGGUUUCUUCCUUACAUUCACUACAAGAUAAUGGAAAAGUUGAACGACCAAAUGUUAUGGAAACUUGCUGUUCGUGGUGCAUUACAUUGUCGAUGUUUCUGUGUUGGGGAUAAAGGAUAUUCAGAUUGGCCACCGAUUCCGACCAUUCCAGAUAGCAUCAAGGCAAAAGGAAAUGCUCCCGAAGAAGAAAUUUUGUCAGUAAUUAACGUUCCUUGCGGGAAAAUGGGGCGGAUUAUUGGAAAGAAAGGAGUUUCAAUCAUGUCGAUCAAAAAUUCAUGCAAUGCUGAUAUUUUGAUAGGAGGCGAUAAAGGAAGUCCAGACAAGAUAAGUGGAUCAUAUGAGACUUAGGGCUCACAACCAUGAAAUCACAGUUCAACUCAAAGUUCACAAAGUUCUUCUACAUGUAAAGUCAAUGAUCCAAUGAGUAAUAAAAGUGCUAGAAAGAAACAAAAACCAAGAGUAACAUGUUGGAACCAUUUCAAAAAGUAUGUAACCGAA